AUGCCUGAUAAUUUUUCUGAAGGAAUUCCUGGAGUAGAAGGGGGCAUGGUAGAAAUGAUAGGAGUGUCUAGGCUUAAUAAAAAUAGUGAUGCUGAAGUUCUUAAAGCUAUGCCAGCUCCAGAAGUUAUGAAGACCUUCCAGGAUAUGAGCUACGGGAGGAGGCAGGGAGGGACGCGAGCGGCGCGCCGCGGCGGGCUGGGCGCUCGGAGGCCGUGGAGCCCGGCCGGAGCCCAAAGUUUGCGCGCAGCCGCCGGGCGGCGGCGCGCGGGGGCCGGGACAGCCCUGCGCGCCGCCCUCGCCCCGCUGGCGCCGCCCCGCCGCGCCGAGGGUCGCGGGCGGCCAGGCGGAGGCGGCCGGGAGCGGCGCUGCGGCAGCUUUGGAGUUGGGCACCAUGCUGAGCCCGAGGAGGGGGCUGCUGGGGACGACGGCCCCGUGACCGUGACCGGCCGCCGCUUCUCACCUGGGUCCUCUCGGUCCAGCCAGGCGGCCACCAGACACCCAGAGCCCCAGAAAAUCCCCGACAGACGGCAGGAAGGAACCGAUGGCUUUAGCGGUCGGCCCAGAUUCCUUUCUGCACCAUCCAUACUACCAGGACCAGGUGGAGCAGACAUCUCCUCGCCGUCCUGGAAAUCUGGCAGGACCCGGCUUCCCAGCGCCGCCUCACCGGCUGGCGAAUCACCAAGGCGUCUGCUGCAGGAGGACCAGCAGUUGAGGACGUCGUCUCCGCCGGCCAUCCCCGACCCCUUCCCCGAGCUCUGCGGCCCCGGGAGCCCCCCCACUCCCCACCCUGCGCUCACGCCGGGCUCCUUACCUCCUGGCCCGGCUGCUGCAAAGCAGGAUGUUAAAGUCUUUAGCGAAGAGGGGACGAGCAAAGUGGUGGAGAUUCUGGCGGACACGACAGCCAGGGACCUGUGCCAGUUGCUGGUUUACAGAAGUCACUGUGUGGACGACAACAGCUGGACUCUGGUGGAGCACCACCCGCACCUGGGAUCAGAAAGGUGCUUGGAAGACCAUGAGCUUGUGGUCCAGGUAGAGAGCAGCAUGGCAAGUGAAAGUAAAGUUUUAUUCAGGAAGAAUUAUGCAAAAUACGAAUUUUAAAAAAAUACCACGAAUUUCUUCUCAGAACAGAUGGUUACCUGGUGCCAGCAGUCAAACGGCAGUCAGACCCAGCUUUUGCAGAAUUUUUUAAACUCCAGUAGUUGUCCUGAGAUUCAAGGGUUUUUGCACGUGAAGGAGCUGGGAAGGAAGUCGUGGAAGAAGCUGUACGUGUGUUUGCGGCGAUCCGGCCUCUAUUGCUCCACAAAGGGAGCUUCAAAGGAGCCCAGACACUUGCAGCUGCUGGCCAACUUGGAGGACAGCUGCAUCUUCUCCCUGAUGGCCGGCAGGAAGCAGUACGGUGCCCCCACAGACUACGGCUUCUGCAUAAAGCCAAACAGAGUCAGGAACGAGGCCAAGGAGCUGCAGUUGCUCUGUGCCGAGGACGAGCAGCGGACGUGCUGGAUGACGGCCUUCAGGCUCCUCAAGUAUGGAAUGCUCCUUUACCAGAACUACAGAAUCCCUCAUCAGAGGAAGGCCGUGCUGUCCCCCUUCUCAACUCCAGUGCACAGUGUCUCUGAUAACUCCCUUGUGGACAUGGAUUUUUCUGGGCAAACGGGAAGAGUGAUCAAGAAUCCGGCUGAGGCUCGGAGUGCAGCCCUGGAAGAAGGCCACGCCUGGAGGAAGCGAAGCAAGCGGAUGAAUAUCCUUGAGAGCCAAAGCCCCCUCCACCCUUCCAGCCUAAGUACAGUGAUUCACAGGACGAAGCACUGGUUUCACGGCAGGAUCUCCAGGGAGGAGUCACGCCGGAUCGUUAAGCAGCAGGGGCUUGUGGGUGGGCUUUUUCUCCUCCGUGACAGCCAGAGUAAUCCAAAGGCAUUUGUCCUCACAUUGUGUCAUCAUCAGAAAAUUAAAAAUGUCCAGAUCUUACCUUGCGAGGAUGACAGGCAGACCUUCUUCAGGCUUGACGACGGGAACACCAAAUUCUCUGACCUGAUCCAGCUUGUUGACUUUUACCAGCUGCACAAAGGGGUCCUGCCUUGCAGACUGAAGCACCACUGCAUCGGCGUAGCCUUAUGACCUCAGGUCUACCUUGGCUGCAGGCUGGAGGACGCUGACACUGGAGUGAAGAGGUCUGUGCAUCAUUCAGAACACACGUCUGUCUGCACCUUGGGGCUCGAAGCAAGAUGGGUGUGUUCGGCGCUGACCGACCACGAUCGACUGGUUUGUUGGACUUGACGAUGAUUUGCUGCUGCAGGUCCAGCAGGGCCGCGCCCCUCUCGCUGGCCUCAUGGGGAGGUUGGAAGACAGCAGACUCGAGAAUAAACUGGAAUGAUGUUCUUGGCUGGGCCAUGGAGGAACACAAGCUGGAGAUAAGUGAUUGGAAAUAAACUCUCGCCCUGGAAUAAUCUUGACAAUUAAAACUUAUAUGUUAAAAAAAAAGCAGAGCUAAAAUUUAACUCCCCGCCAGUUGCCUCCCAUUCCUUUAUUUAUUUUUAUUGUUUAAAUUGUGUUUUAAAAACACAUAACAUAAAACUACUUUU